GCCGUGUAAGGCACUGAUCAUCGGCGGAGGGUUGAGGACGUGAGGUAUUUCGCGAAGGCAUCGAGAACUGCCAUCAGUAUUGGGCAUAAGGCAGGUUGAUAUUGCUGAGGCUCUUCAAAGGAGUGUCACUAAGGCACCACAAUGGGUGUCAAACACCAAACUGGCAAGCAGCGGAAGGACAAGUUCUAUCACUUGGCCAAGGAGACCGGCUUCCGCGCUCGCUCCGCAUUCAAGCUGAUCCAGCUGAACCGCAAGUUUGAGUUCCUGCAGAAGGCCCGCGUGGUGGUGGACCUCUGCGCCGCGCCUGGAUCAUGGAUGCAGGUGGCGCGCCAGAACAUGCCCAUCUCCAGCAUCUGCGUGGGCGUGGACCUGGUGCCCAUCAAGCCCAUACCGAACUGCAUCGCGCUGAAGGAGGACAUCACCACCGAUAAGUGUCGGCAGGCGCUGAAGCGGGAGCUCAAGACGUGGAGGGCGGACGUGGUGAUGAACGACGGCGCCCCAAACGUCGGCAAGUCCUGGCUGCACGACGCGUUCAAGCAGGCCGAGCUGACGCUGUCAGCGCUGGCGUUGGCCACUGAGUUUCUUCGUAAGGGCGGCUGGUUCGUCACCAAGAUUUUCCGCUCGAAAGAUUACCACGCUCUGAUCUGGGUGUUCAAGAUGCUGUUCAACAAGGUGCACGCCACCAAGCCCCAGGCGUCUCGAAACGAGUCGGCCGAGAUUUUCGUGGUGUGUCAGGGCUUCAAGGCACCGGACAAGAUUGACCCCAAAUUCCUCAGCUCGAAGUACGUCUUUGGUGAGCUGAAUGAGGAGAAGCCGACGCAGCUGGUGUUGGGAAGACCGCAGAAAAAGGAGAAGGCAGUGGGAUAUGCUGAUGGUGAGGCCACCGUCUUCAGCGUGUUGCCGGCGUCAGAGUUCAUUAGCAAGCCGAACCACCUGGAAAUGCUGCAAGGUGCUAGCAAGAUCGUCUUUGACACCGAUGUCAUCGCCAAUCAUCCUUCUACUACUGACGAAAUCCGUUCAAGUUGCGAGGAUAUCAAAGUGCUCGGUAAAGCAGAGAUCAAGGCACUGAUCAAGUGGCGAAAGAAGUUAAAGGAGCAGCUGGAAAAGAAGGAGGAAGUAGAACCGCCCAAAAAAGAAGAAUCCGAGGAUGACGAAGAGGAUGAGCUGGCGAAAAUAGAUCAGCAAAUCGCCGAUUUAAAAGCCCAGCAGCAUGCUGAAGCGAAAAAGAAAAGAAAGAAGCUUCUUCAAGAGAGACGAAAAAUUCUUGAGAAGCUUCGCGCCUCUGGUUACUCAACAGAGGGAAGAGUAGAAACAUCUGAACAGGACCUGUUUGCGCUUCGUGACGUUAAAGAUCCCAGUAAGGCUGUCGAUGCUGACCUUAAUGACAUUCCUGUGGAGGAGGAGGCUGUUGAACAUGAAGAAGGCCCGACGACGAGGCAGUUUGCUCGCGACCACGAAACUCGUGAUGCGAUGGGGAACUUCGAUCCGAGUGUGGAAGAUCGUCUUGAUGAGGACGAACUGCAGUGGGUCGACGAUGAUGCUCAAGAUCCGGAUGGCCUCGGGCUGGAAGCCGAUGGUGAAGACCGGUCAGACGAGGAGGAGGAAGACGAAGAAGAGCCUCAGCUGCUGGUGGAUGACAUUCAGCUGACGAAGGGCGGUAAAGUGUCAAGUUUGGAACGACGAGCGCGCAAAGCGGAGUUGUGGUUUGACAAAGACGUGUUCGAGUCGAUCGAGGAUGAGGCAGACGAGGAUUUUGAACUAGAGCAGGCCAUCAAAUCUCACGAAGCAAAAGGUGGCACUCUGUUUAGUGGUAGUAAAGUGGAAGAGGGGAGGGCGGAGAAGUCCACUAAAAGGCUCUCGAAAGAGUCAGCGGCAAAAGAGAAAGAUGCCGACUUGAAUAAAUUUGACAGUGAUAGCGAGGAGGAGGAAGUUGACGCCACAGCACAGAGUGACGAUGACGCCAAGUCAGACAGCGACACUGACAGCGACUCGGACGAUGAACCCCGUGGUAAGCGGUCAGCCAAGCGCGGCAAGCGCACGGCCGAGCCGUCAGAAGCGGCACCGAGCGCCAAGAAGCGGGUGGUGAAGCUGGACGCUGAGGGGCUCACGCUCGGCUCCAUGAUGAUUCACUCGAAGAAGGCGCGCCGCGACAUCGUCGACGCCAGCUACAACCGCUACGCCUUCGACGACGUCAACCUGCCGGCCUGGUUCGUGGAUGACGAGAAGCGCCACAUGCGCUGGCGGCCGGAGCUGGACCCGGCACUGCUGGCCGAGUACAAAGAGCGACUCAAGGACGUAGACGCGCGGCCCAUCAAGAAGGUGGCCGAAGCCAAGGCGCGCAAGAAGCGGCGUCUCCAGAAGCGCAUGGAGAAGGCCAGGCACCGCGCGGAGGCUGUGGUCGAAAAGGAGGACACGACUACGAUGGAGAAGGCGCGCGAGCUGCGCAAGAUUUACAAGCGUGCGCGCAGCAAGAAGCAGCAAGAGGUGAAAUACGUGGUGGCGAAGAAGAGCACGACGCAUGGCAAGCGCGCGCAGCGGCCGGCUGGUGUCAAAGGUCACUACAAGGUGGUUGACCCUAGGAUGAAGAAGGACAUGAGGGGGAUGCAGAAGGGUGGGAAGGGCGCGAAGAGCGGAAGGCCCGCCAAGGGUGGUACGGGACGUGGGGGCGGUAAGGGACGUGGUGGGAAAAGGUGAAGAAAGAAAUAAUACGCGAGUGUCUUCAUCACCGUGUGAAUAAACCAUUGUGUACAAUUUGUUAAAUGGUAUCGUCACGUUCUCUUAGGAACAUUAUAUGACAUACGACAAUGAAAGGCGCAUGCAGCAGCGAACGAAUGUUUGUGCUGCGCCUGCGCUGUGGUUCUCCGAUCAGCGAGUGCGAACUGGGCGUGGCUGAGUGUGGAUGCAAGUUGCAGCUUGCAAGAAUGUAGAUGGUGUCAACUGGAUUUUAGUGCAGUCGGUAUCUCUUCUAUUCAAAGUACGCGAAUUUGGGGUUGGUGUUAAGGACCAAGAAA